AUGUCAAAUAUAAGUGAUGUCGCAGUGCAAAAGCAGCAGCAACAAUAUUCCAUUGUUGGGUACAUUGGUUAUAAUGAUCGUGGGAUGUGCGGUUAUUGUCACAAAGAGGAAGCAAGUCCAACCAAUAUUGGUAUGUGGGCACGCAGUCUUUCUGUUUCGCACUAUAACGAAUUACUUGAUAGAGGGAUCAGAAGAUCUGGUAAGUAUUUGUACAAGCCGAUGAUAGCUAAUACAUGUUGUCCACAAUAUACAAUUAGACUUGAUGUCAACAGUUUCCGAUUGUCAAGAGCACAGAAAAAGGUGUUGCGUCGAAUGAAUGAUUUCCUUCAGAAAGAUGUUCGACCGAACGAACGACAGAAAAUAACAGAUUAUAAUGUAGUGAAAAAAACGACUGAAAGGAGCACAAUUUCAUCAAAUUCUCAAGUCAGAAGAGUCCAGGAUAAUGAGAAAAAAACACCGAAUGAUGAGUUACGGGAAAAAGGAAAGAAGAAAAAAGUUCUUAGGCGAGAAAGAGCUUUUCAAAAAAUGCGUGACAAAGGUAUCAAUAUCAUGGAGGCUCAAAGAAUACGUCGAGAAAAAGAAGAAUCUCGGAGAAGAACAUUGAAUUCAUUCAUUAUCAAUUAUAGUCCGGAAACUUUCAAGCAUAAAUUAGAGGUACGUUUGGUUGACGUCAACUCAUCUGUGUUUCAUGAGACUUUCCAAGAAAGCUUCAAACUGUACGAAAAAUACCAAACAACUGUUCAUCAUAAUGCUAGUUGUAAUAGAAAUGGCUACCGGGUUUUCCUUGCUGACUCACCACUUUUCAGUGAUGAAAAAGGCGAAAGUAAGAGUAUGGCUCUUGGUUCAUACCAUCAACAGUAUUACCUUGACGGUCGUUUAAUAGCUGUUGGUGUUGUAGAUAUUUUGCCACGCUGCUUAUCAGCCAAAUAUCUCUACUACGAUCCUGACUAUGAAUUUCUCACCCUUGGAACAUACACUGCCUUACGAGAAAUUGCAUUCACUCGAGAGCUUGCAAAAGAAAGGCCACAGCUACAUUACUAUUACAUGGGAUUUUAUAUCCAUUCAUGUCAGAAAAUGCGCUACAAGCAGUGUUUCCGUCCAUCCGAUUUGCUCUGCGAUCGUAGUUUCACGUGGGUACCGUUAGAAAAAUGCUUGGAAAUGAUGGAGAGAUAUGGCGAGCGAAUUGAAGCAUUCGCUCCGGAUGCUCCAGUAGCUGAAAAGUGUCCAAUAGAGUCCGUAAGAUGUCUUUACAAAAUGAAUAUUUUAUCCUAUCGAAUUUUGUUAACUCUACCAGAUUUUAAAGAAACGGAAACUUUUAUGGAAGAAUAUGCUCGAAUAGUUGGACCAGUUGCUCGAGAAAUGUUGCUCUACAGGAAUUGA